AGAGGAUUAACCCUCCGUGUUCAUUUUAUACAGCAAACACUGCAGUCAGCUGGUGUGGAAACAACAUCCCUUCCCUAACCUAGCAGUGACAGUGGAAAGGGUGGAGGGAUGUUGGACUCGCUGUAUGACUGGUUCUGGUGGGACAGAGUCUGGCUGCCUGUGAACCUGACGUGGUCUGACCUGGAGGACAGGGACGGGCUGGUCUACGCCAGAGCCUCACAUCUCUACGUCACGGUCCCCUACACCAUCGCCUUCUUACUCAUCAGAUACCUGUUUGAAAGCUUGAUAGCAACACCACUGGCAGUGUCUGCUGGGAUCAGACAGAGAGUGCGUCUGAAAGCAGAGGACAACCCCAUCCUGGAACAUUACUACAUCUCUCAGAGUAGAAAUCCUGUUCAGGCAGACAUCGAUGGACUGUCUAAGAAAAGCAGUUUGUCAGUGAGACAGGUUGAACGUUGGUUCAGGAGGAGACGCAGUCAGGACCUUCCUGGAGUCCUGAAGAAGUUCAGAGAGGCCAGCUGGAGGUUUGUCUUCUACAUAUCGGCGUUCAUUGGAGGACUGAUAGCUCUGUACGAUAAAGAAUGGUUUUAUGACACCCGGGAAGUAUGGGAAGGUUUCCCAAAGCAGUCCAUGCUGCAGUCUCAGUACUGGUAUUACAUCCUGGAGAUGAGCUUCUACGGCUCACUCCUCUUACGCGUUGCCUUUGAUGUUAAGAGAAAGGACUUUAAGGAGCAGAUCAUCCACCACCUGGCUACACUGGUACUGCUAUCAUUCUCCUGGUGUGCCAACUACAUCCGGAUAGGAACGUUGGUCAUGCUCAUCCAUGAUGCCUCUGAUGUUCUACUGGAGUCUGCGAAAGUAUUCAACUAUGCCAAAUGGGAGAAAACCUGCCAAAGUAUUUUCGUUGUGUUUGCCAUCGUGUUUAUGGUAACACGCCUGAUCAUCUUCCCAUUCUGGCUGAUCCACUGUACCUGGGUCUACCCUGUUCUCCAAUACCCUGCCUUCUUUGGAUACUACUUCUUCAACGUGAUGCUGGUGGUGCUUCUCUGUCUGCACAUAUUCUGGGCCUACCUCAUUCUCCACAUGAUCAAAAAGUUCAUGUUUGGCAAUCUGACCCGUGAUGAGAGGAGUGACUUUGAGGAGGAAGAGGAGGAGGUGGAGAGCAGCCUGACAGAGGAUGAAGGAGAGCAACAGCACAAGCUGGGCAAUGGUUUUUCAGUCAGUGAGACGGAGGAGAAGAAUGGAGGCUUUGGGUGCAUGUCUCCUCCAGAGAACAUGUGCCGCUCCAAAAUUGUUUGCUGAAUAAGCAAAACAAGAUGUAUUCCUUCAGUUGCAGGAACGAAACUCACAGUGAAUGUGCAAUAUGUUCAAAGAAACCCCCCCCCAUGCUGUCAGUGGCAGCGCUUCACUGUCAUUCACAAAGACCAACAAACCUAACAAGCCAAUAAAGGACACACUCAUCACCACGUUCAUAUGUUUGUGAAGUGCAGAGCUGGUGCGCAGGUGGGGGGGGGGGGGGGGCACCACCAGCUGCUCGACCUCACUGGGUCAUCAAUCAAGACUUUAACUCCCCCCCAGCCCGCUCAAUUAGCACGCACCGCUUAUGCUCACCGGUAGAUGAAUGGGAUCCAGUGAGAUAAUGGAGGUGGGGUUGGCAAAGUACUGUAUGUAGCUGUGCUCACCUUCAUAGACCCACUGAACUCUUUGUGUAUACAAGUUUUGUAUUUGAAUCUACUGUCCAACUUUGACUUUACAUGAUAAAUCACACCAUGCAAUGAUUCCCAUAGAUAACAACAUGUGAUGUUUGGAAACAUCUAGGCAGCAAUGACUUUGAGUUUCAUUCAUCUAAAGCUCGGAGCCCAACCGGAGGGUCCCGACCCCACCCAAGGCUCAGAAAACCAUCUUGGGGUUAAAAAAGGUCUCCUUGGUUUUAGUCUUGGUCAGACAACGUUUUAUAAAAAUAUACAGUCAACAUUUUAUUCAUUUCUGUGAACAAAAAUGUAAAGUAAACUACAAAAAUGGGAGCUUCUGAUAUAAUAAUCCAAAACGUUAAAUGAACGGAGUCUCCUCCAGCAUAAGACAUGUUUUGUAGUUUAAAUAUCAAAAGACCAGCAGGACAACAUAUCUCUACACAGGACAUAAUCUGCUUCAAAUGAAUCCAUAUCGCUCGUUAGGGGUUUAUUUUGCAACAGAACUGAUGGAUGGUUGACAGCACAUCAGAGACUGAACAGAGGACAUGUGUUUUAUGAUUAUAAAAGGAGUUGCCUCACAUCCCUGAUGCUGUGCCAAUGCAAUUUAGGAAGUUUUUGUUGCUGCCCUUCACUCGGAGAAAACCAGCACAGAAAAGUGGUGGUAAUAAUUAUGAAUAAAGUAUUUGUAUUGAGUUUAUUAAGGUACUCAAAGACACUUUACAUGUACUGGUUAAAAUGAAUUUAAAAUAACACAUUUAACAUAUGAUAACAUAUAAUUACACAUUAAAAAGCACUUAUGAAAAGGUGACUUAUGCUUAUACUAAUGCGCCAUUAUUUCUGUAACAUUUAAUUUUUUUUGAAGGAAGACAGAGAAUCAUGGAGCAGUUUGAAAUUGACGUGUCUUUUUUUUACUACAGCAAAAUAGCCUGUCAGAACAUGUGAAAGGAACAUUUGUGUAAUUGUAUGAUACAGCAACACAACUGUAAAAAAAACCUGCUAAGUAAAAUAUUUGUUCUGAACUAUUUCUCCCAACAUCCCUGAUUUCCUGUUGAACGUCUUCAACAGGGCAGUAAUACCUCUACUGCCCACAAGAUGGGGAUGCUCCGCCUGCUCUGCUCUGUCUGCAGAGAGCACAGGUCUUACCUGCAAGAGGAAAGACCCCCACUCUUUAAUAUUUCAUAACCACUUUAUUAUGACAGUUAUGAUAAGGUAAACUGUGCAUGUUAUACGUUUUAUUUUGUUAUGUUGUAGCAAACAGCAACUAACCUUUCACAAACCAGAGUUACAAACUCGAUGUGUCUUACAGUAUGCAUCUCAACCUGUACUCACAUCCAUGGGCGUAGGAAGCAU